AUGCUCCUCCCGCCGCCAAACCCGACCCUCAAGGGCCAGAAGCUCUUGAUCCUCUCCCAGUUCAAGCCCGACGAGGACUUCUACACCAAGCUGCACUCCCAGUUCCCGGAUCUCAAGGUCGUCUACCACGAGCUCGGCUUCCCCGAGAAGAAGCCCGGCAGCACCUUUGACGAGAGCGAGUGGAAGGACGUGACGAUCCUGCUCACCGGCAGCGCCCUCCCGGACCCGGAGCAGGCGCCGAAGCUGCAGUACGUGCAGCUGCAGAGCGCCGGCGCGAACCACAUCUUGAAGCACCCGCUGUUUACGGACACGGAUGCAGUCUUUGCGACGGCGAAUGGUGUCCACGGACCUCAGAUUUCCGAAUGGAUCAUUUCAACCUACCUCUCAUUCCAGCAUCAACUCCCCAAGUACAUCGACAACUUCCGCGAAGGAAAAGGCAUCCUCGGCUACGGCAGCAUCGGCCGCCAAACCGCCCGCGUAGCCACCGCCCUCGGCUUCAAAGUGCACGCCUACACCCUGCACUCGCGCCCGACGCCCGAGUCCAAGCGCGACAACGGCUACUCGCCGCCCGGCCUCGGCGACCCGGAGGGCAAGUUCCCCGCCAAGUGGUUCUCGGGCGCCUCCAAGGCCGACCUGCACGCCUUCCUCGGCUCCGGGCUCGACCUGCUCGUCGUCGCGACCCCGCUGACCGACAAGACGAGCCACCUGCUCGCGGCGGAGGAGUUCCGCAUCCUGUCCGCGAAAAAGACGUUCGUGUCCAACAUUGCGCGCGGGCCGAUCGUCAACACGGACGACCUGAUCAAGGCGCUCGACGACGGGCUCAUCCGCGGCGCCGCGCUGGAUGUGACGGACCCGGAGCCGCUGCCCGAGGGACAUCCGCUGUGGAAGGCGAAGAAUCUGUUGAUUACGCCGCAUAUUAGCGGUAUGUCGACGAGUUACACGGAGCGGAUCCUGGGGAUUUUGGACCUGAAUUUGGAGCGGUUGAGUCAGGGGAAGCGGCUUGUAAACGUUGUCAACAAAAAGGAGGGUUAUUAG